AUGAUUCAGCUGUUACAGGCCAGUGGGGAGAUGAUGUAUCCUCGCGCAGCAUACGUAAACCCGACGAAUUUACAGCCCAGCACGAGACGGGAGUUGUCAUUAGUUGGCACAGCAGCCGAGCACAAGAAGGAAAAAGCUCAGGUAGUCCCGCUGCUCAUUUCAGCCAAUGUCAUGUUUAUUGCCUUUGCAUCUUUGUUCUUCAUUCUGGUCUCCAUCACCACCUUCUGCUUGGAGACUCAUGAGGCUUUCAACACCAUCAUCAACAAGACUGAGGCGAUGCGGAACAGCAGCGUGCCAGAUUCGGGCCCACAAUAUGAGAUUGAAACUGAUCCUGCACUCACAUACGUGGAGGGUGUUUGCGUGUUCUGGUUCACCAUCGAGUUCCUGGUGCGUGUGACCUUCUGCCCGGUCAAGUUGGAGUUUAUUAAGAGUGUUCUCAACAUCAUCGACUUUGUGGCUAUCCUGCCUUUCUAUUUGGAGGUAGGGCUGAGUGGCCUUUCUUCAAAGGCUGCCAAGGAUGUGUUGGGCUUCCUCAGGGUGGUGCGCUUUGUUCGGAUCCUGCGUAUCUUCAAGCUAACACGUCAUUUCGUGGGACUAAGGGUGCUAGGCCACACAUUACGGGCCAGCACCAAUGAAUUCCUGCUGCUCAUCAUCUUCCUAGCGUUGGGAGUGUUAAUUUUUGCCACCAUGAUCUACUAUGCCGAACGAAUUGGCGCUAAGCCCAAUGAUCCCACAGCUAGCCUCCACACCAAGUUCAAGAACAUCCCCAUUGGCUUCUGGUGGGCCGUGGUAACCAUGACAACACUGGGCUAUGGCGACAUGUAUCCAGAGACCUGGUCAGGCAUGGUUGUGGGCGCAUUGUGCGCCUUGGCAGGUGUGCUGACGAUAGCCAUGCCUGUGCCUGUUAUCGUCAAUAACUUUGGGAUGUACUACUCCCUGGCCAUGGCCAAGCAGAAGCUGCCCAAGAAGAGGAAGAAACACAUCCCUCAGGUGCAGGGAGGGUCCCCCACCUACUGCAAAGCAGAUCUCAACACCACCUGCAACAGCACGCAAGGUGACCUGUGCCUCGUAAAAGGGAGCAGGGUACUAGAACGCAACCGCUCAGUUCUCUCAGCAGAUUGCAGCGGAGGCAGUGACCUGACCAUGUCUCCAGAUGAGAGGGUCCCCAUGCGAAGGUCCAGCACCCGGGAACAGGACCGCCGGAGUGGGGGGACGUGCUUUCUGCUCGCUGCUAGUGACUACAGCUGCCCUGCAGAUGGGGGGCUACGAAAAACAGGCUAUGAGAAAUCCCGGAGCUUAAACAACAUAGCGGGCAUGGCUGGUAACGCCCUGAGGUUGUCUCCUGUGACCUCGCCCUACGGAUCGCCCUGCCCGCUGCGGCGCUCUCGCUCCCCUAUACCCUCCAUCCUGUGAGACAUCCAGCCCUGGGCCACUUUGGCCUAAACCACCCCACAUCCUACUCCCAAAGCAUCCACCUACCCUUGCUAUUAUAUCUGAACUCUGUUCUAGAUUGUGACUAGUGGAUAAGUACUUAACUUUGUAGCUAAGACUAAUGUUAGUGGCUUGGGCAACCUGAGCAACUCCUCACUUUCCCCUUUUUCUUUGAAGGUACAUGUGCUUAGCUAACAUCCUUAAGUAACUGGUCAGUUCUCCUUUGUCACUUGGAGUUCCCUUUGGUUCAAUAUUGUUGUACCUUGAGACUUGCAAUAAAAGAACUCUUGACUGGUGGCUUCA